AAAUCUCACUUUCCUCCUCUCACUGUUUCACUGCCUUUCUCCCUCCACCCCCCAAAAACCCUAAUUCCCCCGCCUCAAACGCCACCCUCUUUCCUUCCCGGCCUGCCAACCAAACCAGCCAGCAGCAGCCAUGGACGAACAGCAGCUCCAGCAAGCUCAGCUCGCCGCCAUCCUGGGGCAAGACCCGGCCCCUUUCGAAACCCUAAUCUCCUCCCUAAUGUCCUCAUCCAACGAACAACGAUCCCAAGCCGAGCUCGCCUUCAACCUCUGCAAGCAGAACAAUCCUGAUUCCCUCUCCCUCAAGCUCGCACACCUCCUCCAGCACUCCCCUCACCCCGACGCUCGCGCCAUGGCCGCCGUCCUCCUCCGCAAGCUACUCACCCGCGACGACGCCUACCUCUGGCCCCGCCUCAACAUCAAUACCCAGUCGUCACUCAAAUCGAUACUCCUCUCCUGCGUCCAGCAGGAGCAGGCCAAGUCGAUUUUGAAGAAGCUCUGUGACACGGUGUCCGAGCUCGCCUCCGGGAUUUUGCCGGAUAACGGUUGGCCGGAGCUGUUGCCGUUCAUGUUCCAGUGCGUCUCAUCCGAUUCCCCUAAAUUGCAGGAGUCUGCCUUCUUGAUUUUCGCCCAGUUGUCGCAGUACAUCGGGGAGACUUUGGUCCCCUUUAUUAAGGAGUUGCAUGGGGUGUUCUUGCAGUGUUUGAAUUCUUCCCCCAGUUUCGAUGUGAAGAUUGCCGCUUUGAAUGCUGUUAUCAAUUUCAUCCAGUGUCUGAGCAGCUCUUCUGAUCGGGAUAGAUUUCAGGAUUUGUUGCCUGCGAUGAUGAGGACGUUGACCGAGGCGUUGAAUAAUGGCAACGAGGCCACCGCUCAGGAGGCUCUGGAGCUGUUGAUUGAGCUGGCUGGAACUGAGCCUAGAUUCUUGAGGAGGCAGCUGGUUGAUGUGGUUGGGGCUAUGCUGCAGAUUGCCGAGGCCCAGAGCUUGGAAGAGGGGACUCGGCAUUUGGCGAUUGAGUUUGUUAUUACUUUGGCUGAAGCUAGGGAGAGGGCGCCUGGAAUGAUGAGGAAGUUGCCGCAGUUUAUUAGCAGGUUGUUUGCUAUACUGAUGAAUAUGCUGUUGGAUGUCGAGGACGAUCCUGCUUGGCAUACUGCAGAGACAGAGGAUGAGGAUGCGGGAGAGUCGAGUAAUUAUAGCGUUGGGCAAGAGUGUUUGGAUAGGUUGGCAAUAUCAUUGGGCGGGAACACAAUUGUUCCAGUGGCGUCUGAGCAGCUACCUGUUUACUUGUCUGCUCCAGAAUGGCAGAAGCACCAUGCUGCGCUCAUUGCACUUGCCCAGAUUGCCGAGGGUUGCUCUAAGGUGAUGUUAAAAAAUCUUGAGCAAGUGGUGAACAUGGUUCUCAACUCGUUUCAACAUCCUCAUCCCCGUGUUAGAUGGGCAGCUAUAAAUGCGAUUGGCCAAUUGUCUACUGAUUUGGGUCCUGAUUUGCAAAAUCAGUAUCAUCAAAGAGUGUUGCCAGCACUAGCUGCUUCAAUGGAUGACUUCCAGAAUCCAAGAGUACAGGCACAUGCUGCUUCAGCUGUUCUCAACUUUAGUGAGAACUGUACUCCUGAAAUUCUGACGCCUUAUCUAGAUGGAAUAGUGAGCAAAUUGCUUGUACUCCUACAGAAUGGAAAGCAAAUGGUUCAAGAGGGAGCACUAACUGCUUUGGCAUCAGUUGCUGAUUCAUCUCAGGAGCAUUUCCAAAAGUACUAUGAUGCAGUCAUGCCCUACUUGAAAGCAAUCUUGGUGAAUGCAACUGACAAAUCUAAUCGCAUGCUUCGUGCCAAGUCAAUGGAGUGCAUUAGUCUUGUUGGAAUGGCUGUUGGCAAGGAUAAGUUCAGGGAUGAUGCUAAGCAGGUCAUGGACGUGCUUAUGUCCUUGCAAGGCUCACAAAUGGAGGCAGAUGAUCCAACAACAAGUUACAUGCUGCAAGCAUGGGCCAGACUUUGCAAAUGUUUGGGGCAAGAUUUCCUUCCAUACAUGAGUGUUGUCAUGCCUCCUUUGCUUCUGUCUGCCCAACUGAAGCCAGAUGUGACGAUUACAUCUGCAGAUUCAGAUAAUGAGAUUGACGAUUCCGAUGAUGAAAGUAUGGAGACCAUUACUCUUGGGGACAAAAGGAUUGGCAUCAAGACUAGCGUCCUGGAAGAAAAAGCUACUGCUUGCAAUAUGUUAUGCUGCUAUGCUGAUGAGCUUAAAGAAGGUUUCUAUCCAUGGAUAGAUCAGGUUGCCCCGACCCUAGUUCCUCUUCUUAAAUUUUACUUCCACGAAGAAGUAAGAAAAGCUGCUGUAUCAGCAAUGCCAGAGCUCCUUCGGUCCGCGAAAUUAGCUGUGGAGAAGGGAAUAGCACAAGGCCGAAAUGAAUCUUAUGUUAAGCAGUUGUCUGACUACAUCAUUCCAGCUCUGGUGGAAGCAUUACAUAAGGUGACAGUGGUUACAUUUCAUUCAUAUACUUCGCUGGUUAGAGGCCGUAUGGUAAACACUUAUACUAGUCCCACGAGAAGCUUCAUUCUGCUCCUUAGUUGGCCAUGUGAUCAGAAUUCUUGCUUGUUCUAUACGAGCAUCUACUUUAAGUUGAAGAACCUCUUGCGGGAGCCUGAUACUGAAAUCUGCGCUAAUAUGCUGGAUGCAUUAAACGAAUGCUUACAGAUAUCUGGCACACUUGUUGAAGAAGGCCAGGUACGAUCAGUUGUUGAUGAGAUUAAGCAAGUAAUCACAGCUAGCUCAAGUAGAAAGAGAGAAAGGGCAGAGAGAGCCAAAGCUGAAGACUUUGACGCUGAGGAGGGAGAGCUGGUCAGAGAGGAAAAUGAGCAAGAGGAGGAAGUUUUUGACCAAGUUGGUGAAAUAUUGGGUACUCUGAUCAAGACAUUCAAGGCUUCUUUCUUGCCUUUCUUUGAUGAGUUAUCAUCAUACCUCACUCCUAUGUGGGGCAAGGAUAAGACACCGGAGGAGAGAAGGAUUGCCAUUUGUAUUUUUGAUGAUGUGGCAGAGCAAUGUCGUGAGUCAGCUCUCAAAUAUUAUGAUACUUUCCUACCGUUUUUACUGGAGGCUUGCAAUGAUGAGAAUCCAGACGUUCGACAGGCAGCUGUUUAUGGACUGGGUGUGUGUGCAGAAUUUGGUGCGUCCAUGUUCAAGCCUCUUGUAGGAGAAGCACUUUCAAGACUAAAUGUUGUGAUACGGCACCCUAAUGCCAAGCAAGCUGAAAAUGUUAUGGCAUAUGACAAUGCUGUUUCUGCUUUGGGGAAGAUUUGUCAGUUCCAUCGCGACAGUAUUGAUGCUUCUCAGGUUAUCCCAGCAUGGUUAAAUUGUUUGCCAAUUACUGGUGAUCUAAUUGAAGCCAAAGUUGUCCAUGAACAACUUUGUUUAAUGGUGGAGAGGUCAGACGGUGAAAUUUUAGGCCCGAACAACCAGUUCCUUCCAAAGAUUGUUUCGGUAUUUGCCGAGGUUCUGUGUGGGAAGGAUCUAGCAACAGAAAGUACUGCAAGUAGAAUGGUUAAUCUGCUUAGGCACCUCAAGCAGACCUUACCACCAGACACAUUAGCCUCAACUUGGUCUAUGCUACUUCCCCAGCAACAGAUGGCAUUGCAAUCGAUCCUCCCGUCGUAA